AUGGUGGUUUCAUUGUCUCAAAUGCACAAGACUUUAUUAGCAGAAUGGAGCAAGGAACAGAAGAACACAAAUACAAUUGAACAAGUUCUUAAACAACUCGGAGUAAGUUUUCACAAUUUUGGAGAUUACUAUGAAAUCAGUGCUCUGGUAGCUGUUCUGAGAAACGAUAUGGCAGCAUUCGAUGAUGCUAUUCCUAGGGUUCUAUCGUUCUACGAUCAGUGUCCGACUGCUGCCGAGAAUAAGUAUCUCAUGGUUGGCCUAAAUCUAAUGUUUCUGUUGGCCAGUAAUCGCCUUUCCGACUUUCACAUGCUGCUGGAGUCUGUUCCCCAAAGCAUCCAAUCUGGCAACCCAUACAUCUCGACUCCUGUAAGACUGGAGCAGUCACUCAUGGAAGGAGCUUACAAUAAGGUCGUUCUUACGGAGAAAACAAUCCCUAGUCAAUUUUACAGCGUUUUCAUACGAAUUAUGAUGGAUGCGGUUAGGAGUGAUAUUGCUCUAUCUAUUGAGAGAUCAUUCAAACUGCUGAGCACACGUGAUGCCGCUAAUAUGCUGCUGUUCCAAAAUGAUGCCCAGGUCAACGAAUUUGCCAAACAACGGAAAUGGAAAAGUGAGAAUGGCUGCUUCGUAUUUGAGACCGAAUCAGGUCACACUGACAAACCAACGUUGGACACAGCUCGUAUCGCCAAGCAGACAAUCUUUUACGCUAAACAAUUGGAGAUGAUCGUCUAA